UGGCAUGACAUGCACUUUUUGACACAUUUCUCUCCGUUGCCAUGGUGGUGGGCUCCCUUCGCGAGAAGUGCUCGGCGGAGGAAGCACAGUCACGACAACGUGAGAGGCUUUUAGAUCCACUGGAGUGGCGCAAAGGCUGCAGCCUUCAAAGACCAGAGGUGGAUUUCUCGCUUGCCACCAAGAAGUAUCAGCGCAGUUCCGCUGGAAAAGAAUUCUUGCCAGAAGAGGUGCGACCUCCUGAUAUCUGCUUGGAGACCAUGGACUUCCUCAUCGACUCUGUGUUGGAUGCAGACGAUGCCCAGGAUGGACUAGAUGGGCUCUUUGCAGUUACCCCAUCACUUCCGCAGAUUUACAGCUACCUGCACGAUCGCUGCCGUGCCGUUCGCAUGGAUUUGCAUCUCCAGCAGCCCUGGAGCUCCAGGACCCAGGAAUUCGUGACGUGCCACGAGUACUGCUUGCGCUUCGAAGCCUUGUCACGCUUUCUCUUCAGCCAGCGCUUAAAGACAACGAACGCCCAAAGGGGUGAUGCUGGUGCCACCCCGUCAGACCAUUAUGAUGAACGGUUGGGCUUGCAAGCGAUCUCACAGACCAUUGACCCGCUGCUGGCAGCAUAUCAACAGGCACGUGAAGAAGGCACACCCUUUGAGAACGAGCCGUUCGUCCAACGGCUAGUGAUCCUGUUGCUCCUGGCCACGUCUCCGGACGCGCUGCCCGCGCACCUGGCUGCCUUGGACCGAAGACUCGUGGGCCAUCCCUUGGUCCGCGAGGCCAUCGAAGCGACGGGGCACUUCCUCAGUGGACACUAUGUUCGAUUCUUGCGCUUUGCUGCCAGCGAUCUUUGGGCUUCCUUGGUGCUUGUGGACCUGGCUGACUUGGCAAGAGUCCGGUUGCUGUGGCUUCGAGCCCGCGCCUACCACAAGGCUGUUGGGGAUCGAUGGCCUUUGAAGCAACUCGCAAAGCUGUUGGUCUGUGACGCAGAACUCCUGCGACAUUUGUUGGUGACCUACAAAGUGGAAGUGGUUGAAGAGCCUGAAGCCGAGGCGGUGUUGCCUCGCAAAGGUGCUUGGGAAGAUCAUCCCUUGUUCUGCGAGUUUCCACAGACCGCUGGGCCCUUCGCCUCCCACGCGCAUCUGUGGCGAUCGCAUCGCCUCAGUGUGGCGCGCCGCCGUGAUGCGGUCAAGGGGUUGAUGGAUCCGACCGAGCACGGCGCGGAGAAAAAGGGGAUGCGCCAGUUUUGACCUGGUCAGCAACCACCACCUUCGCC